UAUGUGCUACUUUAUUUCUCUUUCUCGCAUCUCGGCGAUCGGACGGCAUUUGUUUACAUUAGACACUCAGAUCGGGAAUCAUGAGAAUCCGCAGCAACCCACUGCCCCGCCGGCUGGUGGAUGUCUUGUGCUUUCUGAUUAUUGCAGUCUUUCUGCCGGUGGUGUUCCUCUUCGAGAUUGUGGUGGUGCUGCGCUUCCAUGAGCCCGGCGGCUUCUUCCACACCUUCACCUUCCUGAUGGCCAUGUUCCUGGUGUUCAAUAUCAAGGGAAACAUGAUUGCCUGCAUGAUGAUCGAUACCAGUGUUGAGGUGAAAAAGGUGGAACCACCGCCGGAUCAUCUGGAUUGGCGGGAGUGCAGCGAGUGCCAGCGGCUGGCUCCACCCAGAUCUUGGCACUGUAAGAUCUGCAAGGCUUGCGUUCUGAAGCGCGAUCACCACUGCCUCUACACGGGCUGCUGCAUUGGAUUGAGGAACCAUCGCUUCUUCAUGGGCUUCAUAUUCUACCUAUUUGUGGGAGCAGUUUACGCCCUGGUCUACAACUCCAUCUUCAUGUGGAUCAUCCAUGGCCACAUCUACUGCAACUGGCUAACGCUGCUCAAGCUGACCUGCCCCAUGCUGCUCCUGGUGACGGGCAGUUUCUGGAGCAACAUGUACCUGCUCUUCUACAGCUUGAAUGUCUUAGCCCUGGCUUACGGGGUCCUCCUCCUGGGCUACCAUGUGCCCAUCGUUUUGAGAGGCGGGGUUUCCGCCGAUCGCACACCAGAGCGCAAGCAAAAGUACAACAGAGGAGUCUACCAAAAUCUGAGAAGCGUCUUUGGAGACCGCAUGCAUAUAGCCUGGUUAUCUCCACUAAUUCGCAGCGAUCUGCCGGAUGAUGGGUACCACUGGAGUGCCACUAAGAACAGCAAAGAAAAAGACUGAUUAGUGUUUAGAAUAUAUAUAUGUUAGUGCACAAAGCUCCAACCUGGGUAUACCGUAGAUGAGCACAUUGACUUUCGCUACCUCUGGCUGGAUAUAUUUUAAUCUUAAGGUGGUGAAGUUGUAGCCGAUGCCGCCACUAUGAAUGUAUGCCCUGCCCUUCCACUCAAUUUGACUUUCAUCGAUGACCAAAAUUAGGUUUAUAUGGAAAACCAAGUUAGCCUGCA